AUGUCCGUCCCAAACAAGCCUCAAGAGGCAAUAAGCAUCCCUGUCACUGGCAAGCAUGCUGCUGGUGUCAAUCUUAGGAGCGGCCAAUGGGACGCUCGGUUCAUCGUAUCUGUUUUGGGUCCUGUGUAUAUCCUCGCCCAGUUCGGGUUAGGGCUUUGCAGUAGCGUGACCGUUCAAAACUACAUCGUCGAGAUUGCAGCCUUCGACACCACAGGCUUGAUCCGAUUGAAGGAUCAUCGUUUGGAUCGAACUGGUCAGAAACUCGCUAGAGGGAAACUGGCCGUAUUCCAAUCUCUAGACGGCCUAAACAUGGCUAUGGUCGGCCAAGUUACAGCAACACAGCUCAAUCAAUGA